UCUGGUUAAAGUGUCUGGUUAAAGCUUUAGGUAGAACUCCCAAGACUGCUACAUACUGCUGAUGAGAAAAGGUGACGAUUUUGAGCCUACCAAAGCGACUGUAUCUAGUGCAGUAGAGAACAAUAAUGAACAGAGGGAAGGCACUCAAUCCAAUAUAAAAACAGAAGAUGUGAAUGGCUCGAGGGAACAUCAGCUCCCUAUUUUGGAAUUUCCCAGCUCUAGACGGGGAAAGAGAAAUCCUUCCUUUUUCUUUAACGCCAUCAAGGACGAACUGCUCAGCCAGCCGAAAGGCACCGACGUUCCGAGCAGUUCUGUCUCGAAACCUCAUGUUGAAGUUGUAACAUUUGUCAGUCGUAAAGCUAAAAAGCAAGCCAAGAACAGUGAAGUGCAAGAUACAGAUUCCAAGAUAAUUAUUGAUUCAAAAGAGGAAGAAAAAAAUCCAACAUUUGAUUUUGAAAAGGUACGUUUGGAGGUUCACAAGUUUGGUAUCACAGGUUUCAAGAAAGAAAAGCAAAGAAAAUUUGAACAGGACAGGGCAAUUAUGCUUGGAGCAAGGUUUUGGAGCAGCUGAUGAUUCGAUCUGUGUAACCUGCUGGUUUAUAGUCCACUUGAGAGGACUUUAAAACAUCUCUGGGCUCUAACUGACCACGUCAAAACGGUCAGGGGAUCUGGUAAGCAGAUUGAAAUACCAUCACACGGGUGUUUUCUUUUGGUGGAAGAUUAGGAAUUUCGUUCAUUUCACCUUUUACUUUUGGACUUUCUUCACUGUUUUUUUCACCAUUAUUGCCAUGAUCAAUUAGAUUGAAGUAUUGAUUGGUGGAGGAUCAGCAAUUUUUUCUUUUUCACCUUUGGACAUUAUAUGAACUUUUCAUCAAUAAUUUUUGUUGUUUUUCAAUUAA